UGCGCACGCGCGAUACUUUGAGGUUCUGUUUUUGCUCGGGACUCCCAGUUUUCUGAGAAAUUAUUUAAAGGAUGCAUUAAACAUUGCAGAUAAUUUUUAAAAUAAUAGAGAAAUGAGUGUAGAACUUCGGAGGGAGGUACUCAAAGUAUUCAAGAAACUUCACAGGACGAGAUUGUCGACGUUCGAGGGCGAUCAGAAAGCCUUGCAUCUGACUAGACAGAGAAUCAAUGAGGAGUACCGGAAAUACAGAAAUGUCACAAAUCAGGAAACUAUAGUCGAGCUGAAUAAAUUGGCUCAAGACGUGGACCACGAGAUCCGGACGACAGUAGUUCAAGCAAUGGAGAAGAAGCCCGGCACAUACGAGUUGAAAAUUCGGGAAGAACAUUUAAUCGAUAAUUUCCCACUUCCAGGAACUCCUUUGCCCAACCCAGGAAGCCCAUGUGGAAGGACGAAAAUAGAGACAUGAUUGCGCACUUAGUAAAUUACUUUAUU